AUGGCGGCUGCGUUAUAUGUAAAUUUUAGCAUAUUUAUCGCUUUAUUUCUCGACUUGGUUAUAACUUGGACAUGUGGGACUUUGUGUGAGAGGUAAGCAUUAUAUGAUCUUUCAUAUCAGCCUAAGUUGUUCUGAACUCUGACUUCACCUUUAAUCGUAAUUUUGAAGAUGUCUCCAGUAGGUCGGGUGAUGAUAGCCACAGUGGAAGUGAUGAUGAGGAGUAUGGUGAAAGUGAGGGUAUGGUAGGUGUCUGCUCCAUAAGAGAAAAUGCUGAUGAUGGUGAUGAAAGUGAAUGUAUGGUAGGUUGCUGCUCCACAAGAGAAAAUGCUGAUGAUGGUGAUGAACGUCUGGAAUCUGGUGUGAAUGUUGAGAUGCAAGCUGGUUUCAUUGAUGAGAUUGAAACAGAAAAUAUAAAAACACAAGGUAUGAAAAGUUUUUGUAAUUCUACAUGUAUUUCUUUAAAUAUGUGAAGUACAGUCAUGGUUCGAAUCGCGCCUUCCAGAAUGGGGAAAACUGAGGAAAUGGAUGAAAAAUAUUUUGUAAUUAAUGAUGGGUGGGGGGCGGCAGAUAGGUUGGUUUAAGCUUGCUGAGGAAGACAUGAAGACAUGACAUUUGCAGAGCAAGACAAAAUUCGUGCAUUUCAGUGCAAAGAAGUUUAUGGAGGGAGGGAGAUUAGGGACAAAAUUGUUUCAGAGUCAAAACAUAUUGUGUCAUCAUGGUCAGUACCACCCAAUGCCUGUCCAACCUCGUUCCCAGGCUCUUUCUUUGGGGAAGGAAAGACCCUGGUCGGGGCUGGUCACGUGGCACCAAGAUCAAAUUUUACUUCAUGGGGGGUAGGGUAUUCGAAUUUUAUUGUCACUGCAAGCCACCAUGUUGGAAUACAUUGCUUUUUUCUCGUGUUUGCAGUUUGCUAUUUGUAAUAGUAUUUAUUUUAAUACUAUUUUGAAACCAAAGCAAGUAAUAACACCUACAUUUGAAAAGAGAUAUUAUUUGCAUCCUUCCUACUGGCUAGGGAAAGUCAUUAAUUUUCCAUCUUCUUCCUGGGUUGUUAUUUGCCAAAGAGAAGUUACUAAUAAAUUAAUAUCUCAGUCUUCGGGAUGUAGAUAUGUCUGCUUGUACAGCUGUAAUUAUCGUUGUAAGGUGAUAAUAAGCAACCAGAUUGGAUUAAGUGGCAUACAAGCAUCAGUUCUGGGCGUGAAAGUAUUACAACAAGAAAGAGAAUUCAGUUCGCUCGAAUGUGA